AUGAUUGAUAUUUCAGAUUUAAAUGAUUACGAAACAGAUUCGGUUUACAAAAAUCUUGCACGAAAUAUGAUACCGUAUGAUGCAAGAUAUUAUGAAAAAAAAGAUGUGCCAGGUGUAUUGAGAUUUGGUAAAAGGGAAGGAGAUAUUCCGGGUGUAUUAAGAUUUGGUAAACGCAAUGAUGAUAUACCACGUGUACUACGUUUUGGGAAACGAUUAGGAUCAGGCGUAUUACGAUUUGACCGUCGCUAA